AUGAGUCGGAUAUGGGGUCUGGACAUAGGCUCAGAAGGCGUGGGAAUAUUAUGGAAUGGAGUUGCAAAGGCUCAAAUGAGCCUUGGUCAUGCUCAUAAGCAUUGUCAGGAAAGUCUUCCCAAGGAGGUGGUGCCUCAACAGGCUGAAGUGUGGGUGAUUCUGGGGGAGAGUCAGGCAUGGACCUUCUUGAUGCAUCAUUACAAACUAGCUUCAUACCCAUUGUGCCUUUGGCACAGGAAGCAAAUGGAGUGCUUCACACUCCUUUUUGGCUUCCUGGCCUCGGCUGCAUCCCAGCAUGGGAAUGGGGGAAUGAGCCAAAGGUCUAGGGCUGCCAGGUUAUUUGCUCCUAAGGUUGACCAAGCACAGUGGAAGAAGAGGAAGCAGAUAUACAAGACUUGGUUGUUUAACAACAGGAAAAAGAAGGAAAGGAAGGACAUGAUAAAGUAUGGGAGAAAAUGGAUGCCUAGGAUGGUGAUCUACCAGCAGAACUGGGAAGAGGUGCUAAAGAGGAUUGAGGACAAGUCCAGGGCAAAGCCAGGAGAUCCCGGUAUGUUCAAGCAUUAUCAGGCGGCUGUGAAGAGAGCCAUGGCUGAAUUGUCCAACAACGAGUUGGAGAAGGUGAAGGAAACAGCUGAAGAAUGGUCCAACAACUUUCCUCCUCCUGAGAUACAGGCACAAGUCACUUGUAAGAAGGGACCUGUGUAUAUGGAGCACUUUUUGAAGGAGAUGUGGAGGCAAUGUGGGAUAAGAGUGUUUGUGAUGUCAGCUUGGAAGAAUGAACAGGGAGAGGUGCUGUUCAGGAUGCACAAUAAUAAUGAAGCAUUAGGAGAUGUGGACAGCUUCAUGAAGAUGAAGGACUGGGAGGACAUCGAGCCAGUUUGGCAGGAGUACAUGCAGGAACAGUUCGGUGCUGGGGCAUGGGAUGGAGGACAACAGAUGAAGGGAGGUCGAAAAAGAAUCAGAAAGCCUGCUUUCAAACUGGAAACUGACAGAGAUGGGAUGCCAUUGCUUCCAAACAUCACUGAAAUGAAACUCAAGGAGAAGAAGGUCAUAUAUGUUCUGGCAGAUGUGGACUUGAAGGAGCCUUUCAAGUUGCAAAAUUGGGACACUACAGCCUUACUCAAUUUCUGGCAUGCUCAGCAGGAGAAAGGCAAAGGACCAACAUUCCUGUUCAAAGCAUGGAAGAAUAAAGAUGGAGACAUGGUAGCAUUGGUUGUGUCUGGGAAUUUGCCUUCUCAUCGGACUUGUAAAGUCAGAAAGAAGAUGAUCCGAAGGCCUCGGAAUUCAUCAACCAACACCAAGAGUGACUCUCAUCAUAUGGAGGAUGAUGCUGAUGAUGGUGCAGCUGAUGGUAGAUCCCUGCAAAAGAGACCCAGAAGAGAGCCAGGUCCUUUGACAGCACAUGAAGGGACAGCAGUCCCAUGUGCAACUCCAAAGCCUUGCCCAGUCAAGCCAGUGAAAACUGGUGCACUGCUGACAUCACGAAUGGACAACCUCCUGGCUGGGAUGACUGAUGGAGUCACUGGCAAUGUUGAGGAGGAUGUUGGAAUGGAAGGAGGGCAUAUGUCUCCAGUGCCAAAGAACAUGUGGGGAAAAAAACUGGCGAUUGAGCCAUUGGCAAGGACAACCCAGAGUAAAUCAACUCAACAGCCAUCAGACAAUACCCCUCAAGUGACAAGAGCAAGGGGAAAGAAGUGGUUAGCAGCUAGCACUACUUAUCCUAAGAGGCACGAGUUAAUUGAUCAGCCUGAGAGGACUGCUAUUGAAGCACUUCCUUCAAUUAUGUGCGAGGGAAUAUCACAAGAGUGGGAUGAACUGUUGGAAGAUAUGUGCAAGUGUAUUGGAUGUCAGAUGCUGCCAGUCACAAGGGAUAUAGUGCAAGUGAAGAACUGUGCUAAACUACUGGUUGUGGGUUGGGUAUUCUUGCAAGAGCUUAAGGGUAAGAUCCUAGCAGUAUGGAACUUCAGAGUGGUUGAAUUGUGCAGGAUUGUCAGGAAAGAGCAAAAUAGAUGGAUUGCGCAAGGUCUACAAAAAUAA